AUGCUCUCUGGCUGGAGCCCCUCGAUAGUUUCUCGGAUGGAACAAGACGCAUACCUAAUGCCAGCCAGCCCGGCUGGUGGUCGCCGGGCCAGCGCGGACUAUCGCCCGAGCAUCAGGAAGGCCCAGGGUCAUGUUCCCGCAUGCCUGGUGAAUGCCUCGGUAACAUACUGCAGCAAUGAUCAGAUCUAUGCCUUUGGAGGGUUCGACCAGUACACCGAUGAAGUCUACAACCACGUUCUCAAAUUGGACUUGAACGCUCUGCGAUGGGAACUGGUCGACAACUAUGGCGACAUUCCAGGAGUGCGAAUGGGUCAUACGGCCACGCUGUACCAAGGUGACAAACUAAUCGUGUUCGGAGGAGAAAAUGAGCAUCGCGAAUACCUCUCCGACGUGGUCAUCCUCGACCUCAACACAUCCACUUGGACCCAACCCGAAAUUCGUGGAUCCAUCCCCCGGGGACGGGCACGCCAUGCAGCAGUGAUCCACGAUGAUAAGCUGUUUAUCGUGGGCGGAGUGACUGGCGAAAAUAAUGUCAUCCUGGACGACCUGACUUAUCUAGAUCUGACAACUUGGACCUGGUCUCGGACAUGGAGUUUCACCGCUCGAUUCGACCACACGGCGUGGGUUUGGGGCAACCGCCUCUGGAUCUUUGGCGGAUUGGGGCCGAACAUGGAGCGGACAACCGAUAUCUACUGGCUCGACCUCAAAGGAUCACCGUCUCUGUCUGGAAUCAACAGUUCCCAAGGUACCGUGGACUCCUUCGACGCAGCAAACAACGUUACUCAUAGCCCAGGCUCCAUUUCUAGUCCAUCGCAGUCAUUGACCGGCCGCGCGGGAAGCUAUGCCGCCAAUUCUGGCAGCGUUCAAGUGCGCAGUCUUGGUCGGCGCAAGCCCCUUGCUCCCGGGUCCAUCUCUUGUCUUCGAUUCCAGUCUGGGCCUCAUGUACCUGCCCUGUUCUCAGGUACCCACUUCCAGUCCUAUGCAUCCGGGGUUCUGCUCGAUUUGAUCACACCGUCGGAAACCGUCAGGUCGCAUGACUGCAAUUUGUCGGCCUUAGAACUGAAUUCCCUGCGGUGGCAGAGGCUGGCCGAUGGACAGGAGAUUUUCCGGCCCGGUUACCGGUGGCACUAUUGUGCCGUCAAUGAGAGUGGGACCAAAGCGUGGCUGCUGGGAUGCAGUCUUGACAUUGGGAAUGCGCCCGGGGGCGGUGAUGAUAAUCACAUGAGCGAGGUACUCUCCAUUGACUUGGAGAAGUAUGGGCUGCUAGGCAACGACUUGUCGGCAGAAGCGCCCGAACAGGAUGCGUCUUGGCAAUCCGAUCCCUCUGGACCCUCAUCCAUAUCUGGGCUGGGAGCUGACCUCUCUGCUGUCUUCGACCAACCUCCCGAGGCAGGAAGCGGCAGUGAUUUUGUCAUCACUGCGGUCCGCGAUGAUCAUGACGGUUCCUGUUCGGACGAUAUCCCCGAUACCCCGUCCCCUUCCCCAUCUCGUGCCAAGCCGACCUUUGUCGAGCCUGGUCCCUCCACAUCUGCCCCCAUCCAUGUCCACAAGAUCAUCCUGCAGCUACGGUGGCCUCACUUCAAACGGCUGUAUUCCGCGCAGAUGGCGGAGUAUCACACGAAGCGGAUGCACAUCCCGGAGCCUUACUCGGUUGUGCGCGCCUUCUUGUACUACCUCUACACAGACAGCAUUGCCGGACACCCGGAGUACUGCUCCGACGUCGUCGACGUGGCUGGGAUGCUGGUCAUGGCCAACCUCUACGACAUGCCGAAACUCCGCUUGCUGUGUGUUAACCGACUGAGUCGCGAGAUCGACGUUGAUAAUGCCGCGAUUGUCUGGGAGCGCGCAGGACGGACAAAUGAGCAGUGGCUGAUGCGACGAGCCGCACAGUUCUGUCUGACCCACUGGGGUCGCGUGGUGCGGACAGACGGCUUCAAGUCCCUGAGCCACCAAAGCCUGAUCCAGCUGUGCGAGGUAGUGGACACGGAGGGCCGUAUCAUUGCGGGCCCAGAACUGGAGAUGGAGGAGGGUCUGGGUGACCGAGAUGUGAAACGCUCGCAGUUACGUCUGGGGUCUGCGACGGAUGACCUGGACGAGUUGGACGACGAAGAAGGAAUGGAACUCUCAUGA